CACACAUUUAAAAUCAGAAAUGAGCACGGUGUGACAGGAUGCUCUGACAGCGCCCCAGCCUGUGUUGUGUUUCUCUUUGUCAGGAACAGAAUAAAUAAAUUAGAUUAAUUAGAUUUUUUUUUCAGAUUGUUGCUGAAAUCACAGAUUUCCACAUCACGUGACAUCAGCUGAUUUAUGAAAGUGAUUUACAGACAAACACGUUGUUUUGGUUUGAUGAUGAAAUAUUAAUACGAACAGUGUGUAAAAUAAGGUGUGUGUGAUUUACUGAUCAAACUGUACCAGUGACAGACUCAGGACACUGCCAGUGUCACACUCCGACCAGCGGGGGGCGGUGGAAUUACGUCAGAGCGGAAAUUACGUCUUGACGUUUUGGUUAAAUCGUCCAAUCGGAGCCGCCGCAGGAAGUGCGACCGCAGCGGCUGAAUUGAAUAUUUGAACAUUGUUUUGAUUCGUAAACUUUUGCGAAGUUUAAGGUGCAGCCAUGGCAGAGGAGCAGGUGAUGCGCGUGGGCUCGUCUGUGUGCUCUCAGUCGGCCUAUCAGAACGAGGGUGGGGCCAAUCAGAGGCGCGAGUACUGCACAGAGCUGCUGAUGAGAGGAGGAGAGGAGUUCAGCUUCGAGGAGCUCCGAGCCGAGAGGUUCAACCAGCGGAGACAGAGGGAGCUGGACGAGAAACUGAGGCAUCUGAAGGAGGUGAAGGAGCAGCUGAGUCAGGAGCUGGAGGAGAAGACGAGACUUUUACUCCUCAGAGCUUCACAACAGCAGGUGGUCCAUGAAGCCCUCAGCCCUCCAACCACAGACUCAGGUAGACCUCCAGCUGCCAGCUCCUUCCAGAUAUAUGAUGAGUCCCAGUCUGCUGCUGCAUGGCCUGCUGGAAACUCUGAGCUGCUGGAUGAUGUUUUCCUCCGUCCUGAUGAGAGAGGGCUGUGUCUGAAGAUCCAGUUUCCUCCACCAGAUUGUCCUGGAGAGACAGCUGAAGAUCUCCAGACUCUGGUGGACUCCCGUCCCACCUCUGUCCCUCAGAAACUGGUCUCCAAAACCACAACCAAGCUGAGUCCCAUACAGGAGACCAGUGUGGAGGCCAACUCCCUGACCUCACUGGGAGGUCCACUGGAAGAAGACCAGGACCAGGAGGAGACAGAGACGGAGACGGAGCAGGCUGCAUUAGCUGGACCAGCUGGGGGCGCUGCGGAUCCCUGUGACCCGGCCGUUCGGCAGCGGCUGUUGUACCUCGGUGAUGUCACUUCCUCUCCUGGUUUUCACGCCGAGUCCCGGCCCCUCCCUGCUGUGUGCAGCUGUCUGCAGCUGGGGGGCGAGGUGUAUCACAUCUACUCCAGAGUUGUGGACGGAGGAAGUUUCUCCAUCUAUAAAGGAGCUCAGAGGGACGACUGCGUCCUCAUCAAGGUGGACAGCUGCUGUGUUCCCUGGGAUUUCCAUCAGUUUAAUCGUCUGAGGAGCAGCUUGGCCUCGGCCUCCGACAGUCUUCCUCUGAUCAGCUGUUUCCUGUUCCUGGACGGCUGCAUCACCGUCUACACGAGUCCACCUGAUCACAUGUUCACCGAGCUGACAGAGUGCGACGAUGCCGUCCAUCAUAAAGCCGUCUGUCUGCUGCAGCUGGUGUUGCAGCUGCACUCCUGCAGGCUGCUGCAUGCAGCGCUGCAGCCGAGCAUUCUCACCUGUUCUCACAGAGGUUUCAUGAGUCCUGACUCGGUCUUCCUUGUGGACUGGUCUUCCUCCGUGGACCUGGACAUCCAGCAGGACGUCACCUCGGUCCAGCAGCUCCCUUCAGCUCAGACUUACAUCAGCCUGGGGCUCCUGGAGCCAACUGCCCCACCACAACUGGUGGACCUGGUGGGUGUGGCUGAAACUGUCCAUCUCCUCUUGACGAACAGCAGGAUGGUCCUGGUGAAAGACGACGCCGGCUGGACGGCAGAGCAGUUCAGCGGAGACGAAGCCUGCGACAUGUUUUCCAAGAUGUGGAGGAGGUUCUUCCGGUCGCUGCUGAACGCCGGCGGCCGCUCGUCACUGUCCGUCCUGUCAGAGCUGAAGCAGCAGCUGAAGCAGCAGCUGUGAAACAUCAUCUCUUCAGAUAUCUGCUU